GCAACCAGAGAGCAGAAGCGCGAGAGGCGAGAACAACCUGAUCCAGCGCAGGAGUUUGUGAACGGAGCAGUUCAGAGAAGAGAAGAGAGGGAGCAGAGACACGGAGAGGUGGCGUGUGACAGAUACAGGGAGCCGCUAUCGAACACAGAGACGCGAUUAAAUGAGACAGAUGCAACGUGCAGUCAAGUGAGUCGCGCUGGGAUGAGAAUAAUCUGACUUUGCAGAGGAGCGUCCAGAGAAUUACGCACGAAGCGCGUUCUCCCCCCAGAUUUGACCAACUUUUACGCACGGACCUCUGGAGUUGCGUGGUUUUUUACUAAUGCGCAGAAUGGUGCAUUACUUUUUACAUUAAAGUGUGCUUUUGUAGGGAGAGCUCGUUAUGAUAUGCGUUUAAGAAGAAGUGUGACACGACAGUGGGCGCAUCUUUGACGCACGUUCACGAAAUAUUUUUUGGUUUAAAAGGGAGAGAUUUUUGGAAUUGCUGCCGGGCCUGACUGGAGCUCCCCACUGACACUGCAGACUGAUAUUAUAUUUGGCGUGUGUUGCUGCUGCGGACGCAGUCACACAGAAUAGUAAACAUCCACGCACCUGUCCCGCAGCACGACCCACGUCUGCGCUUGAGAGUUUUCAAAACAGCGAUGGACACAGUCAGACGUCUAGCCUGCGCGUGAGUCACCGUGAGCAAACACUUGGACCGGCGGCGCGUAAAAAGGCACUGACACAUUUGGAGGAUAUAAAGCAGUGCGCGCGCUGCGCCAGCGAACCCAGAGCACGACACCGGGAAGAGGCUCGGUGCUGCCGGGGGAUUGGACGCCGAGGUGCUAAAUGCCCAGCCGGUCGCUUGCGGCUCCUCAGGCUGGGCGGCGACAUGAGGUCCUGGGUCCUGGUGGUGCUGUUGGCUGCGCUGUCAGCGGCUCGUCUGCGGCCCGGCAGCUCUGAGGGCGAUCCUCUCCCUCCGUCGCUGGUCGACUUGGUGAGGAACUCACCCAUCUCCUCUGUAGACGACUUGAAGCUGCUGCUGGAGCAGGAGACCAAUGCAAUAGAAGAGGAAGAAGAUGAGCACGAUAUUCUCACAAACCACACCCAUGGCAGAUACACUAGAAGUCUUGUGGAGGCGCAGCCAGCGGAGCCGGCAAGCUGUAAAGUUCGGACAGAGGUGAUGGAGGUGACCAGGUCCAUGCUAGACCGCCGCAACGCCAAUUUCCUGCUGUGGCCGUCCUGCGUUGAGGUGCAGAGAUGUUCUGGCUGCUGCAACACAAGGUUCCAGCAGUGCGUCCCCGUGGUCACGUCCAGCAGAUAUCUGCAGGUGAUAAAGAUCCAGUACAUUAAUAAAAAAGCCCACUAUGAAAAAGCCAUAAUCUCCGUGGAAGAUCAUGUCACCUGCAGGUGCCAGUCCUCUUCGUCCUCUUCAUCGUCCUCGUCCCUUCCCGUCACCCACCCCAAUCCUCCUCAACCUGCACCACAACAGACUCCACCGUCUUCCCACCUGCCCCUUCCCCGCACCGUUCACCCUGCUCCACCCAAGACUCACACCUCCAAGGCCGACCUCCAUCGCCACGACGACCUGAAGCACAACCAGCAGCGCUACCGUCCGGAGGAGCGCGACCCGGUGGCCAGGCAGUGGCAACAAGGCAGCUACACCCAGCUGGUGCACUGGACGCAACCUCGGGCGCCCACGCACGUACAGUCAGGUGUGCACCAACCCAUCGCCGGGGUGCUUGGGUCUGUGGGUAGCUGGCCAUCUGAGGCAAGGGGGGAGCACAGUGUCAUGGGAAGUAAGCAGCAGGUCGGGCAUGGGAGUGGCUAUGACGGGAGCAAGGAGGAAGGCAGCAUGCACGCGGCAAGCAGUGGCGGCGAGGUGCAUCAUCCUGACCACGCCCAGAGGCAGCAGCAGGCAGUGCAGCAUCAACAGAGACAGCAGUACCAGUAUCAUCACCAACAGUAUAACCAUGGAGGAGCGGAGGACCAGGAGCUGAGGACGCAGUAUCGACUCAACGGCCCCCAAUCAGACAGUGCCUCCCCACCCAGCAUCCCGACCAAGCCGCCCACAUCAGGACAAUACCCCACCCUCCCUCUGACCACACGCCAGAAAGACACAGUGACCAGCCAGAAAAAUAUAGAGGUCACAACUCACACACAGACUUUGACUGAAGAAGUCAUUCAAAAAGGAGUGGGCGAGAGAGAGGAAAGUGGCUCAACUGUUAGCGGGGACUCGACUGUGGCCGAGCGCCCCAGUGAAGGGAAGGAAACAGACUCUAAGUUGACCAUAGAUGAUGGUCCUUUUACAGAGGAGGAGAGGAGACAGAAACUUCUAGCGAUGGUACAGAGCGACCAGGAUAAACAAACUCAUCUCCAUCCACAAAGACCAAAGCCGACAGCACAGUCCACUGGGGCUCCCAGCUCAGCCUCUGCACACCAGGCCCCCUUACGCCCGGCCUCGCAUCGCCGCAGGAGGAAACACCGCAAACGCAUCAGCAAAGCAGCCAUCAGAGCAAUGAUCAUGUAAGGAUGCAGGAGCUGGUAAAGCUAAAGGAAGACUCCGUCCAGGCCUCCAGAGAGACAGAGAAGAUGUGAAGAAAAGCCCGGGAACCAGCAGAGGUGAAGGACACCGCUGCUGUUUUCUGUGGACACCUUCAGAGAAAGUAAACUUCCCUGCUGCGGAGCUGCCGGCUUCAUGAAUUCGAGAGAAAGACGUGCAAUCUUAUGAACUCCUCUGGACUGGAAGAUGUUUGUCACACUAAACACUGGAUUGAAACUGUAUGAAACACAAAUCCUGUUCACGUGGGGAUCGAUGGAAGUUCAUCCAGAAGCUCAAAGCUGAACUGACCGCGCGCCUUCGCAGUGGGCAGCCAUUGUUUGGCUGCUUUGUUCAGCGCAACUACUGAUUGACAAAUGACUACAUGUUAUGGAGCUCAAGAAGCUGAAGAAGCAACGACGUGGAGAACUGGAUUUCUACACUGGGACGAUAACUGGAAACUGAGAGAGCAGCACAGGCCUCCACGCUUAACAUUACUGUUAUCUAACUACGACACUGGAGUAGCCAUACACUGAUCAUACUACACUGACUUUAGAGACGUGCCCUGCCGUGUACUGUAGAAAAUAUCAAUAACCCGCUCAUUUUGUACUACUGCCAGAUCCAAAUGGAAUAACAAAAAGAAAAAUAAAGAAAUGCCUGCCUAGAUAACGUGCUAUGAAUAUACACAUUAAAGCAAAUCUUAAAGACCUGGCUUUUAGAGAUUGCUGUGAGCCAGUUAUAGUAAAACACUGAACGUAUAAAUGCUUUUAGAAAAAUGAUAUCCCGGGGGACAAAGAGAAUCUUUAUUUCUUAACUUAUUUAAAAAUAAACAAAUGGCGGAUUGAAAGUCCUCCACUUCUCAAGUGUAAUUAUUGUUGCAAACAUGUUUCAGAUUAUAAUUAUUGGUUGUACAACUGUUCCUGUCAUGAAUGUUAUUUUUUAAUA